AUGCCAGGUUUGUGCUCAUGCCAAGAUGAGUUACUGCUGGAAGGGCCUCUGAAUGGAGCAGUAGGAGGGAGUGUGGUGUUCACCCUCACCAACCCUCCAUCUGCACCACCUACAAGAAUCACCUGGACUUCUCCAAGCGAUAAAGAGAUAUUCGCUUCACUUGGUGAUGCAGUGGAGAUUCAUCCUGAUUACACUGAUAGAGUCUCUGUGAACAAAACCACAGCUUCACUGGAGCUCAGGAACCUGACUCUCAAUGACACUGGGGAGUACACUCUGAGCAUCUCCACUGAUGGUGUUGGACAACAGGGGAUAACAUCACUGACAUUAUUUGAGACAAUAUCUACGUCUCCCAUCAUAAGCACUGGGGGAACCGUCAUAGCUGGCAACAGCUCUGUCAACUUGACCUGUGAUGCCCAGGGCACCAUCAUCACCAGAGUGUGGACCAAGGAAGGAACACCUCUGUCUCCGAGCAACAGCACCACCUUCCAUGAGGAGAACAGAACACUGUCCAUCAGCCCAGUAGAGAAGGAGGACAAUGGACAGUACACCUGCACAGUCAGCAAUCCGAUCAGCUCAGUUAGUGGGAACUACAAUCUUGUGGUCAAUUAUGGGCCACUGAGUGUCCACAUCAGUCCAGCCCCUGAGGUAACAUCUGGGGAUAGAGUGUCUCUUGACUGCUCUGCUGACUCUGUUCCAACUGCCAGCUUUACCUGGAUGUUCAAUGAGACUGAAGUAGGAGGCAAGUCACAGCUGGUCAUUGAGAAGGUUGACCAGAGCCAUGCUGGGAUGUACACCUGCACAGCUUGGAACAGUGUCAUGGGACACAAGGCCUCAGCAGAGCUUUUGCUGAGAGUGAAUGCUGCUGAAACUCCUGGAACUCCAAAUUCACGUUUAUCUGAUGGAGCCAUAGCAGGGAUCGUGAUUGGCACAAUUGCAGGAGUGGCUCUGUUUGCAGGCUUCAUAGUGUUCCGUCGAAAGAGGAGGAGCAGGUCCUCCCUAGGCAAAGAGUCAGAUGAUGAAAAGCCCCAUGUCCCUACCGCUGUAAAACUGUGA